AUGGAAGGACUCAGUGUCAUGUGUUCAGAGCCUUUUCCUUCCUCAGGACAUUUUGACAAUCUCAAGUGUGGGCAAACCCUAGUUGGAAUUAUCUCCACAAUGGUGUCUUCAAUUGAGCGGUUGGAAGAACAAGUUGUCUAUUGUCCUUUCACCAGCUAUGGCCUUGCUUAUUGGCUGCAGAAGCAGGGACCAUUCCUCCGGAACCUUGAGCUACGAAUGGAUAAUAUAGUUGAACACCAGUCGUGCAAGAACACUUUGGUGCAUUCCAAAAUGGACUGCAUUAGGGCUGCACCAAAUUUGGAGUCAGUCUCAAUGGUUCAUUCUCCCAAAUGGGACAUGUUCCACAGGCUCAAAAAUCUUGAAAGAGUUGGGGCCAAUACGAUUUCUCAAUUUGGAUAG